AUGUAUGUAUCUAUGUUAUGUAGAUCGGUACCUUUUCACCUUUCGGCCUUAUUAUCUCGCUGCAUCUUUGAUUUUUCUUGUUUUUUGGCAAGGCUUAUGCGUUAUAUCUGGUUCUGUUACAAUGCUCGGUCGGUGGAUGAGUCUGCUUUCUAUUAUGAGAACUUCUCUAGCUAUUGCUUCCAGGAAUUUUCGAAUUUUGGGAGGUGUGUAAUUAUAACUCUUACAAAUUGUCUUGCUGCCUACUUGCUUGAGGCAGUGGGAGCAGGAUUAAGUGCCUUCCUAUUUCCCGAUCUGGAUUUUGAUACGAUUGAUGCAUUUCAGGAUAGUCUGUAUUUGAUGGCGCCAUAUUAUUUUUGUUAA